UAGGCGGGCGUGCAACAUUUGCCAAAUGACGCAUCACAGUUUUCCGCCUGCCAGCAAAGCAGGAAAUCCCUCUCAAAAAUCACCUGGACUGAAUUAAAGUUUAAGAAGAUGGAAUCUACGAAUACCAGCGUAACAGACUCAGGAGGGGAAGACGGGCGGCGAUCGUCGUCGUCGUCGACGUCGACCAUCGUCGAGGGCGGCGUGAAGCACCUGUCGGAGUUGCGUCUGGUGCUGCUGGGCUGGCGCUGGCCCGGCAAGAGCAUGACGGGCAACACCAUCCUGGGCCGCGAGGAGUUCCACCUGGAACGCGCCGCAGAGUUCUGCGUCAAGCGCGACGCUGAGGUGUGCGGACGCCAGGUGACGGUGGUGGACACCCCCGGCUGGUUCUCGACGCAGAACACGCCCCCCACAUACAGACAGGAGAUGCUUCGGGGCCCCAGUCUGUUGCCGCCGGGCCCGCACGCCUUCCUCCUGGUCAUCCCCGUGGGCAUGUUCACCGAGGCGGACCGGGCCUGCAUCGAGGAGAACCUGGCGCAGUUCGGCGAGCGGGUGUGGCGGCACACGCUGGUGGUGUUCACCUGGGCCGCGGUGCUGCGGGACAAGCCCAUCGAGCGGUACAUCAAGCGGGAGGGCCGCGAGCUGCAGUGGGUGGUGGAGAAGUGCCGCAAGAGGUACCACGUCGUCAACAACCACGUGUUCGGAGAGCACCCGCAGCUGCCCGCGCUCAUCAGGAAGGUGGAGAAGAUGGUGGCGGAGGAAGGCGGACACUACACGCCGGAGGGCGCAGCGGGCGCGGAGAAGGAGAAGGAGAAGGAGGGGGGCAAGAAGACGCAGGCGCAGACGCAGGCGGCGGGGAACCAUAGCAACCAACCGCUGCCGCAGCAAGACCAACAACAACAACAACAACAACAACACCAAAACCAAAAUCAGAAUUCCAACAAAGACUCGAAGAGAGACUUGGGGGCCAGGCCUAAAAACAACUGCUCCUUCACGUCGCUCCGAGGGCUGGACGUAGACACGACACAGAGUACGUCAAGCCAGCCCAAUAAGUGACCACAGAAGACCACAAGAACAGGUGGAGGAACACAAAACUGAAUCAAAUUCAUCCCAACAACCAGACCUUCCUGCUGUACUGUAGCCUUCCCUUAUGAUUUGUUAUUAUAUCACAAUAUCCACAACCGCAAAACACUUUGGAUAAAGCCUUUAGGUCAUGAGAAGUUACUGUAUUUUUGUAUGUGUGUUGUAUGUACUCUAUGUGUUAAAAAAUUAAACUAUGAAUUUUAAA